GAAGUCCUCCGCGCCGUGCCAGGUGGAAUCGGGUCACUUCCGGUCCGCCGGUUCCGCUUAGUAAACCCCCUUUUCCUGCGGGAGCCACGCCGCAGCAGCUGGGCAGAGGGCCGCGCAGGUGAGGGCCUCCCCGAGAGCCCCGUCCUCCUUUCCUUCCAGCGCUUCGACCUCCUCCCGGGCGAUGCUGCUGCUGCAGGUGCUGCCGAGGCGAAGGCAGAGCCCUGGGGCGCCUCUGCUGCUCCCGCUGCUGCUGGCCCUGCUGGGCCUGGGCUGGGCCUCGGAGAUCACUUUCGAGCUUCCGGACAACGCCAAGCAGUGCUUCUACGAGGAGAUCGCGCAGGGGACCAAGUGCACCCUGGAGUUCCAGGUGAUCACUGGAGGACACUAUGAUGUUGACUGCCGCUUAGAAGAUCCAGAUGGCAUUGUGCUAUAUAAAGAGAUGAAAAAACAGUAUGAUAGUUUUACGUUUACUGCAUCCAGAAAUGGAACAUACAAAUUUUGUUUCAGCAAUGAGUUCUCUACCUUCACACACAAAACAGUGUACUUCGACUUCCAGGUUGGGGAUGAGCCACCUCUAUUUCCUAGUGAAAAUAGAGUUACUGCACUUACUCAGAUGGAGUCAGCUUGUGUUUCAAUCCAUGAAGCUCUGAAGUCUGUCAUUGAUUACCAGACUCAUUUUCGGUUGAGGGAAGCACAAGGCCGCAGUAGAGCAGAAGACUUAAACACACGGGUGGCUUAUUGGUCAAUAGGAGAAGCCAUCAUUCUCCUUGUAGUUAGCAUUGGGCAGGUAUUUCUUCUCAAAAGCUUCUUCUCAGACAAAAGAACCACCACAACUCGUGUUGGAUCAUAACUCAAGUUGAAAAAAUACUUCAAAUCCAUUAUUUGUAAAAAAAAGAAAAAAAAGAAAAGUGUUCUUCAAAUUUCUAGUUACAGAACAGUUAAAAUGGGGAGCAUUUUAAUUUCCUUUACCCUUCCCUUUCCAGUUAAAGUUGAAAAAUGCAUAUUUCCCAAAAGCUGUGGGAAAAGGCAGCUUUUUAUUUGUGUUAUAGGGGGUUUUCCUUCUGUUCAUAUCUUCUGAGAGACCUAACUUAAGGUUGCUAUUUUUUUUAACUAAUGAGGACUAUCUGGUAGAAAUAUAGUGCUUUAAAAGGAAUUCCUUAAAUGGUGAUUUGGAAAAUUUCCCAUUUAAAAAUGGGUGCAAUCUGAUUUCUCAAGUUUGGAAGUUGUAGGAAUACAAAGAUGGCAAAUGUGAUUAACUGUACUGUAGUCUCAAACUCUUGUACUGUGUUUUGAUUUGCUAUGAAAAUUCUAGUCACAUUUUCUUACUGAAUCAUUUCAUGGCAGUGUCUUAUUUUUACAGUACCAAAUUUUAGACUGAAUUCUGGAGAAACAAUCCUCUGUAUAUUGACAAAAGUCUGUGUGGUUUAUUGCAUUUUUUUCUUUUUAAAUUAAAUAAAUGGGGAGAACACCUUGUAAUUCUUGGGGCUGUAUCUUUGAGCUUGUAGUGCUGCUGCUACUUUCAAGACAUGAAACAUCAACUGGCUCUGACACAAACCAUCUAAAUUUUUAAGUUCUAAAGUGUUAUAGUAGAACUUGAAACCGUUAAAACUAAGCUGAAGUACAAUGGGUUAUAUAGCUUGUUACUAAGUAAGUUAAUCUUGCAGUCUCUUUAUUAUCAACAUAGCCGUAUGGGGACCACAUUGGCAUAGGUGGAUUGCAGAUUGUGAAGUAAACAAUUGGCAUACUAAACAACGUAUGUACAAGUGUUGGUCAUGUUUGAAUAGUAUUUGUGAAUUUAUUACAUUUGCUUAUUUGAGUCUAAUAACUUGUAAAAUUCUCUCUGAUGGGUCUCUUACAGUAAUGUAUUGCUUUGUCCUGGCUGUGACCACUUUGGGACUGGAACACCACUUUGUGUACUUUUGGGGGUAACUGGGAUUUCUUGCCUUAUAGCAGUUAUAGGGAAUUUUUAACCCUCCAGAUGCUUUUGUUCUAGUGUUGAGAGUUUCUUAGCAUUACCCAUGCUGGGUGAAUCUGAUGGGAGUUGGAGCAAAGCCAUCUGGAAGACCAAAGGUUCUCUUAUCCUGCUGUAAAGUAAGACAUGGUGGUUUGUUUUUUGACCCUAAUAGAUAAUGUAUACACUUAUAGAGAUUGCACAGGCUACUUUACUUUCAAGCAAAUCAAACUAAAAUUAAUAUUUGCAUCAUAAUCAUAAAACACAUCUGUUUGAAGGUAAGCCUCAUUGAUUUCAGCUUCCAAGUACAUAUGUGUGUAAUUGGACAAAGAGGCAUUUCAGAAAAGAGAGAGCCAUGAUUUGCACUGUUUGAAUAUAAGAUACCACUAGGCUCAAAUGCUUACAACUGUAAAAAUAUGAUCUGCAGUGAACUGUUUUUAUGCAAAGUUGACAUUGUGCUGGGCCAUUGUAGAUAAUCAGUAGUUCAAAAAUCCACCCAUUACAGAGUUUCUUAUACUUAAGUUGUCAGUAUGAAUCUAGCCAGUGGUUCCCAACCUUUUGGCCUCCAUUUGUUUUGGACGUCAGAUCCCAGAAGCCUCAGCCAACUUGGCCAUGAGUCAGAAAUUAUGGGAGCUGAAGUCCAAAACAUUUGGAGGACCAAAGAUUGGGACCACUGACAGGCUAUGUGCCUCAAAUGCUGAUGUGAUGUUAAAGGUAUAUAUAUAUACUCCUUCACUGAGUGGCUCAGCUUCUAAAUUUCUUAGUUCUGAGUUCAGCUAGUUAUUGAAGUGGUUGAAAAUGUUGACUGCAUUACCACAUACUGUGUUCAGCUUUUUAGAAGAUACAGCUUGGAUGUAUUUUAGGGGCAGGGAAGAGCAUAGUGCUGUACUACUUAAAAUCCUGCAGGAAUAAUGUGGUGUAUAAUGUUCUUGUCACCCAACUGAAUUUCCAUAAAAUAAAUGUGUUGACUGUACUUGUUCAUUUCUUUCAAAACCCAUGUCACUGAAGAGGGCAGGCAUAGAUAAGGCAGUUUUCAGAAAAGAAAGCUUAGUAACCCUGGAAUCUCCAACUGCUGCCGCUUUGAUUUCUAUUACCAAGAGCCAUAAACUCUGUGAACAAAUGAAGAUUGACAGAAGUAGAGUGACACUUAGGGAAAACUCAUGAAAUUCAUCUGUUCAGAAUAACAUUCUAAACUUCUUAUGAGUAGAUCUGUCGAGCAUUUUAGUUGGCUUGUCCAAAUUUAGGUAUUUGUGGCCACCUUGUUACAUUUAUAGGGCCAGUGAAUGCUGAUAAUCAUUGAUCAUCUGAAAAACCUUGAAUGUAGUACAGCAGAAGAGGCUGUGGAGUACGAAGCAGCCAAACUGUGCUACUUAGAGUACAUCUGCAUUCCCAAACAACACGAGACAAACUAAGCCUGGAUUUAUAAUAGAUGUGUGACUGCCUCCUAAUGUGGCUAUAGCUGCUAUCUAUCAAACUUUUGUAAGGAGCUACCAUGACACUAUCUGAGUCCUCCCCACCUCUGUCAUUAAUACAUAAUGGGUUUGUUUCUUUUCUUUCUUUUUCCCAGUGUAGCAUUUCUCACUUUGAAUGAAAUAAGUUGUGUUCUAUUCAAAUCAUCUUGUUGUAUAAUAUACAGUAUUUUUAAGUGUUCUCUUCACACACUGCAAACACUUCAAGGUACCCAUAUGCCUUUUAGUUUCAAUUAUUAGAUUAGUACUAUAGAACUAAUAGGCAUACACAACCAAACACGAAAGUAGGUUUCUACAAUUACGUAGAAAUUCAUAACAUCAAACAAAGCCUUUUUGUUAUGCUUCUGUGUCAGUACAGCUGAGUCAUACCAUGAUGCUGAAUUUCUGAAUUUGAUUUGUUUGAAAUCUCCAUUUGUGUAUCAUUGUGUAUCAUGAAGAGUCCAUUUUCUUAUAUAACUUGCAAACUUUGAUUCUUAGUGUCAAUAAGAAAAGCUGCCCCUGUGAAAAUUAUAUGGGAUAAUAAAUUAAUAUAAGGUUA